UAGAGUCACGUGAUUCGUAGCCCAUCCACGAUGAUUCUUGGAUCUGCGUGUUCAUGGUGUUUUCUUCUUCAUUUAUCUCUUCUCGAUCAUUGCUUUGGUACUAUUCCGGACAGCUUCUUACUGAUUGCUGAAGCCACUAGAAUUCAGAGCAGGUGGCUGAACGGGAGUAUUUCUACGGUUCUAACCAUUGAACAAGUUAAAACGGAGGCAGUUCACUACAGCUCAAGUGAAGAAGCUGUAUAUUGGUUGAAUAGAGUUGAUAACACCAUUGGGAAAGCGGAUUUGGAAACCAGGAGGAAAACGGUAGUUGCUCGAGUGACUUCCUCUGCAGCUGAUCUGAAAGGCAUAGCACUGGACUGGAUGACAGGAAAUAUCUAUUACACUUAUAGUUCAGAUGAAGGUGUCGUUGCAGUGUUGAACAAUCAGGGCACCUAUGGUGCUGUUAUUAUAUCCGGUCUAAAUGGUCCAGGAUCUAUUGCUCUUGAUCCUCCCUCUGGUGAUAUGUAUUUAACUGAUUGGAGAGAUAGUAAAAUUAUGAAAGCAUCAAUGAGUGGACGCAAUCUGAAAACACUUGUCAGACUGUCUGGUGGUGGGUAUGUUACUGGUUUGGUAUUAGAUAGUCACAAUCGGAAGAUCUAUUGGGUCAUUGCUGGAAUAGUGUCAAUGGGUGCCUAUGCUAAGAUUGAAAGAAGUUGUUUUGAUGGAAAAACAAAAGAAAUAGUUUUACAACUUCCUAAAGAGGUCCACUUUACUGGGAUCACAUUGGUAGGAAGAGAUCUAAUACUGUCAUGGAAAAAUACAAGUGAACAGGGUCAUCGUCAUGGUAUAAUUAGUCGUCUGAAGAUGGAUGGACCUACCAACAAACGGUUACAUAAUUUUGUUAUUGCAUCUCAGGAAGUGCUUGGUAUUACUGCCUCCUCUGCUCAACAACCUCAAGGAAGGACCGGUAAUUGCUCAAGAAAUAAUGGAGGAUGUAAGCAAUUGUGUGUGUUGGAUUCUGUUAGUGGAUACCAAUGCAUCUGCAGUGGUGAAUCCGUUUUCAUGCAUGGGCAUGACUGCAUAAAUUCAUCUCUACAGAGAGAAGGUUUAGUUAGACGCAAGAAUGAAGGCUAUGUAGAAAUUUAUCACGAUGGCCAGUGGAGCAUUGUAUGUGGCAACAACUUAGACAACAACGCUGCUCAGGUGAUUUGUCGACAGCUUGGCUUUGAAGAGGGAGAGUCAAAAACACUAACCAGAAAUUUGGAUCAACGCAUUGUAAUGGAGAAGUUUGUAUGUCAGGGAAGUGAAACCAGACUGGAUCAUUGUCAAAUACACUCUUGGGGAUCAUCUGAUUGUCAUGCUUCCAAUGUAGGAGUAACAUGCAAAUCUGAUGAUAAUUUUGAUAUGAAAUCUGAUUUUACGGAUACUCCAAAUACUGAUCAUUCCUCAAUUAUUCCAACAGCUUUGACGGCAGUAUGUGUUCCAUUUGGAGUUAUCAUGUUGGCCACAUUAUUUGCAAUUGUGUGCUGUCGAAGUAGAGGUUCACAUAAUUUGUCAAGCAAUUGUCAGGAUGCAACUCUGUCAACAAUCGUACCAGAGUCGGUGGAAGAAACAAACAGUCAGAUAAACAAUGUAAAGCCUUCCAGUAAGGAUCAAGUAAUUUUUGCGCGCUGCGCAUUGAAGGGAUCUGUUCUAUGAUGGAGAAAGAAGAAGCAAAUUGCUACUAAAAGAGAGCAAGCAAAUUAUAUCAGCUGAGGUAUAUGUUAGAGCAGCUUUAUGGAUCCUUGUAUAUACAGCUGACUGCUAUCAAAGCAUAACUUUAAAUACUGGCGUGCUGACAAGGUCAAACUUCUUGAAGAAAAUGAUAUGGUAGGUUGCUGAUGAUGUCUAUGACUGCACUUUUUGCACGUAAUUGUUGCUGCGCAGACGCUCAACCGUCCAAGUCUAAACAUCUGUUUCUAUAGUGUUUAGUUUUGUAUACGUUUUUCAAUACGUGAAGUGAGACUGACUGCAGAGUGCUUGGUUCGCCAGUCAUGAUGAACGCAGCGUAGAAAAUUAUCGGCUUCUAACUGACAUCAACUGCAGUGCAUGGUGUAUUUUUGCUGAAUACUUUCUAAAUUUAUCGUCAUCUCAAAUAUAUUACUUGGAACAAAUCAG